GGCACAGCUAUGUGAUCUGUAAAGAACUGAGGAGCUAUGUAUGCUAGGGACUGCCCAUCUUGGGACACAUCAGGGAAGCUUGAAUGACUGCCUAUGUGGGACACCAACAAGGGCCUUCCCACUGGGAGCUGCACUGUGAUCACAGCUCUGUGAAACUUGGACUGAUGGAUAAAACAGUCAGGAUUGGGAGGAGGAUUGACAUCGCAGGGACUUGGGGUCAGGUAAACCUGGCCUUGGCCCCGAGAUAUGAUCUAAUUCUCACCAUGCUGAUGUGGGCAGAGCGCGUGGCAUCAGAAGCUGGGAGCUGCUGUCAGUCACUACGGGAGGGAAUUCCCUGGCUCAGGAAAGCUCUUCCAGAGCAAGGGAGCAGGUGGCGCGUCUCCCUGAAGAAACAGACACCGCCAACGCGACAGGCAGAGCCAAUCCUGGGGCAGCAAGCAUACCAAGGGCCACUGCCUCCAUGCCAGCUCCUGGGGAGUUGUUUCUCCUUAGGCACCCUGAAAGGAUGUUUGGAAGAUAUUUUCUUGCCAAAUAGGCAUACUCUCCUAACCCACAGAGAGGACAGUAAUUUCUGCCUCCAGGCCACCCAGAACAACUCAGCUCCUGUCACUGCUAAGACAGUGCAUCAGCAGCCUCGCGUCAUGCGUAAGGGAGAGAAGCCCAGAGCUAACUGUGCCACAAAGAAGAAGGAGCUUCAGAGACAGGAUUUCCUGGAGCUGGAGCUGCUGCUGUGGAGCUGGCUCCCAGACAAGCUGAAACCUCUGGUCAAGGCCACAUGCUCCCAGAAAGGAGAGAUGAUUGCAGAGAGUACAGCCCUGGGAACAAGAGAGGAGGAUGCUGACUGUGGGUAG